CGCUAUCCGACGACCGGAUCCCCACUAUGGGCAAAAGCCUUCUGGUAGGUUAUAAAGGAUCGAGCACGGUACUAUACGGCUGCACUCUCUCAGUGAAACUCACGGAGGACCGUUCCCCGACAAGUAGUACCUCCCCCUCCUCGUCAGCGACGCGUGCACCAUGAGGAUUAUAUUGCUGGUAAUCCCGGCGUGUCUACUCGCCCUAACGGAAGCGCGGCGAGUGCAGAUCCGACCUCGCGUGACGGAUUCUCAAGUGUACUACGAGGAAGCGGACAAUCAGGCCGCCGAGGAUGAUUUCGACACUGUGGCGGUUUAUCAACCGCGCACCCGCGCGCUUCCUUCGCCACGAUCUAAGGAUGCGCUGCACGCAUCGAAGCCGCCACCGGUGCAGACAAUAAGGAACUACAAUAAGGUUAACGAUGACGGGUCCUUCACCUUCGGCUACGAAGCUGCCGAUGGUUCCUUCAAAGAGGAGACCCGUGGCACCGACUGUGUCGUGCGCGGCAAAUACGGCUACAUCGAUCCGGACGGCAAUAAAAGAGAGUUCACUUACGUCUCGGGUAAUCCCUGCGACCCGAACGCACCGAAGGAUGAGGAAGAAGAGGAGGAAAAAGAAGAAGAGGAUCUGCCUGGACCGGCGAAUUAUCCCGUCGUCAGGCCUGUACCUCGACCCGUAAGACCCACGUAUCAGCCGACCACCACUCGUGCACCCACUACAAUAUUCCAGACCGAGUACCAGCUCGACGACGACGCCAGCCAGGAGUUGACCGAAGAUGAUCUGAAGCCGCAGCUGCGACCAUCGGCCUUUAGAAGACCUUCGACCAUAGUGCAAGUCACGCCCUCCACCGCCAUUUACGAAUCUACGCAGUCCCACAGUCCGUCUCUCUUUAGGCUAGCUUCCACCCCCACGGCCCAAUAUCAGACUACUGCGUCGCCCGUCCUCCGUAGCCAGCCCACAGUCACCUCGAGCGUCUAUCAGUCGCUCGAAACCACCACUCGUCGACCAGUGACCCGUCAUCCCAGGCCCCAGUCGGUUGCGAUAACCCCACGACCCCACGUCGCCCAAGUAGCCGCGCAAUACGUCUCCCCUAGUAGCACCGAACGUCCUAGCAGUCUGCUCUACACCCAGACCCAUCCUUCGGCCACGAUAUCGCCGUUGCGCACCACGACCGCCGCUAGCACGCCCCAUCUCGACUUUGCCGCCGAGCUCGAGCGUUACGUGAACACGGUCGGAUCGCACGUUUCCACCCCCGUUGCGAGGCCGCAGACCGCCCAAGCGUCGCCCCAAACCAACUCGAGAGUUAAGCUGACCGGUCAGACGCCGGUCACCGCCGCCUCUGCAGCCGCCGAGCCUAUCUACCAAUCGGAGCUCAUAUACGAUCCCGCGACCGGUCAGUACAAUACCCAGCUUUAUCAGACACUGCCCCAAACCGUGGGUGACUUUAGCCUCAGUCACAAACUCCAACCGUUCGUAGCCCAGCCCCAUCAGUCCCUACUCGGCCUGCAGCAGUAUCAGCAGUACCAGCAGGCCCAGCGUCCAGUCUAUAAGCAGGCCCAGUCGGCUCCCACCCCGACCGUAGCCCAGCCGCAGGAGGUGCUCUACAGGAAGCAGCAGGCGCAGCUGCUGCAACAGUCUCAGCAGCUUUACGCGCAGCAACAACGUCGCCAGCAACAGCAGCAGCAGCAGCAGCAGCAGCAACAGCAACAGCCACAACAACCUCACAGGCUUCAACUGCUGGAGUCACAGAGAGAACCCCAGGCGUUCUAUUACGUCGCGCCCUUGAAGGCUUCCACCGCCACCACGUCCCUUUCAGUAGGUCAGAUCGAUCAGUUUCUCCGAGGUAGCGCUAAUAACUACUGAUGCAAUCUGAAUCGCGAUUAUUAAGAGAUCUUCCUCGGAUCUUUGAAUCGCCCUUCGUCGAUAUUUAUCAUUCGGUAUUGCUUCGAGCAUCCCUCGCGAGCUAAACCGCCGAGGAUCUCGCGCCGGUUACAUCAUAACGUUGGCCCGUGCGUACACACAGAGGGUAUUACAUAUAAGAGUACAUGCAUUAUAAUAAAGUAUAUAUCUCACGUGGCGUCGAAGCUGGGAUAUAUAAAGUAUAUCGCCGAGUGAAUGGCACGCAAGAGCGCUUCGAUGCACGCGUUGUACGCGGGGAAUGCGUGUGCGGUAUAUAAUCGUCGCGACACGCGAGAAAGGCGAUGAAAAGUAUCGCGAUAAGGUCGCGAAUUUUUAUCAUCAUUGCGCGCGCAUCGCGUCGUCGUCGCACGAAACAUCGCGGGACUUUCUGAGAAGUACAUUCAAAGUUCAUUCCCUUGUCGAACGGAUCGCGCGCGGUCUUUCCGUAAUUCUCAUUUUGCAGCAACGUGGGAUUUUUCCAAUUACCUUGUUCUCGAUAGCGCGCUUUCAUGCUUUGAUAGUCGUACUGUAAUUGUAUAUAUAUAGCGCUCGCUCUUCCGUCCAAUGCGUGUCUCGAAAGCGUUCCUGCGCUAUCCGCUCUCGUCUCGGCUAACGCGCGAACGACAAUAUUAUAUCCGUCAACGGCGCAAUCGGAGAACAAAGGUUAAAGAGAUUAAAGUAUGUGAUAAUGGAUGGAGGAACCGCGCGCGCGUACAUGGUUACAUGGUUAGUGCAGCUCGUAACAAUAACCCGGGGAGAGCCGAAUGGCAAAACGUGAUACGUGACAAAAUUUAAAUCUUCUUAGAUAAUCAUAUCUUUCUAUUUAUUUCUUUUUUUUUCCACGAUUUCCCAGUUGAAUAAUCUCGUCAUAAACCUCAUUCUCUCCGAAAACACACGACGAGAAAAAGAAUUAUUCGAGCGUGCCUCAGGUAUCGUUUCGGUAACCGACGGCUUGUUGAAACAAUGCGUUCAUUAAGAACGGCGAAAUUUUAUUUAUUCGCGCGCGUCGAGUUGACACCGACGAACGGGGUUCCUUCCGUUUCUCAGGCCGAUUCCGAGAACACCUCUCUUUCCACUCCCGGUAUCGUGCACGUUUAUGAGGCAUGUUAGAGAGUGAAAGCCAACGACCUGACGCAAUACUCAUGCACGCAUGUACGAUGUAUUACCGUGGCAAUUUCUCGCAGAUCCCUAACGCCGUAUACUGUCGUAAAGGUAUUAUAUCCACAGAGGUUCCGUGAUACAAACGGAACACUUCGUCGCGCGGCCGCGGACCUUUUAUGCACGACCCCGUAAGCCCGAGCCACGUAAUAAUGCUCGACUCGAUUACAAAACGUCAAUCCGGUGCAACAUCGAGUCGCAUGAAAGGCGAGUGAAACGCGAUCAGGCAAAAGGGGAUAAUUAGUCGAAUCAAAUCCGCCGGUGUUUCGAGAUACUUUCGAUUAGGCAGGCAGACAAUAUUGCACAUCUCUAUGUCCAUAUUGUGUCAUGUAGUGCAUAGAAUGCAUCUCGACAUGGUGAUAUGCAAUUGAUUGUUACCUCAUUCUCUCGCCUAUUUUAAUCUUUCACUCAAAAGUCCAACAGUCUGCGUAAAGUGUUACACGAGAUCAAUUAUACGCAUCGCUAAACUUUACAUUCUUCGAAUUGAAGAGUAAUUUUAAAUCUAUAUUUUCAACGCUUGUUCAACUCAACUUGAAAUUAUCAUGCGAAUCGCUUCUUUCAAUGAUGCAACUCGUCGCGACAAUCGCGAUAGAAGCUUCUCUGUUGAUUUAAUACGUCGUAACGUUUCUUAUAUACUUUCGAAUGUAUCAUCGCAAUCGAAAUUCCCAGGAUCGUCCACUUCGUUACGUCUCUACGGGAGUCUCGCGAUGCGAACGUAUCGCUCGCGUUUCAACUGAGUAGUAAUUCCGAUAUUCGAUACGCGGACGUCGGUAGGAAGUGUGCACGGCCUUUUGCAACGUGAAAUUUUGCAAGCUUGCCGCAAGUAGGGUUCACCGCCGGGGAAACUGCAAUACACUCUUAUCGGCGUAGUCGAGUUUGUAGGGACAACAUUCUAUUCGCGCCGUAGCCGCCGCGGACUUUCUAUUUGCAUUCUCUGUCACAAGUGUGAGAAUCGAUUCCAGUUUAAUGCGUUCCGCCCGUUCAGCCCGCGGAAAUAUAUAUAUAUCGGGUCCGAGAAAGAAACAGCGAUAGGUCGCGUACGCCGACGAAAUCACUUUUACCACGAUCACUCGACGGUCAUUAAUGAAAACUAUACAAGGUUUCUCGGAAAAUCUCUCGUGUAUUUUACGUCAUUGCAGAUUUAAUGAAUCUACAACUAAUUUUUCUUCAGCAAAGUCUUUCAAUAAUUGUUAAAACAAUCUCGAGAGAUCGUUUUAAUAAUUAUUACAAAGUCACGAACGCAUUAACGCUCAAUUUUUUAAUUAAACGCGAAAGUAGAACUCACGUAUGAUCGAUCGGAAAAUGGUUUCAAUUUACAAGAGCUGUAAUUGACAGCGUCUUUACAAUCCGUAUUCCCGUAGAACGCAAUUUUCGAUGCACAUUUCUGAAGAGAUUUAUGCAUCACCGCAGGGAGAUAUGUCUUAAUCAAUGAUUUCGUGGUUUAAUCGCAAUCACGUCGUUGCUAUAACGGGCUCGGAGCGGCGGUUGUCUACUCAUACUGUAAAUAAUACUCGUUAACGUUAAAAUGCAUAGCGACUACUUAGCAAUUCAUACGCAUAAUUAACGAUACGACAAUUGCGCAUAAAUCUUCGUAAAGAAGAGUCUUACAGUUACGUUACAGUUGUUUUCUUUUUGUAUUAUUUGUAAGCAUAAUCGAAAGAAAAAUAUCAAUGCGAAAAUGUG